CUGGCCAAUGCGUCGGAGCCAGCCAACGCCUCGGUCCCCGCCUGGGACUUCGCCUCGGCGCUCUUCUUCGCCAGCACGCUGGUCACCACCGUGGGCUACGGCUACACGACGCCGCUGACGGACGCGGGCAAGGCCUUCUCCAUCGCCUUCGCGCUCCUGGGCGUGCCGACCACCAUGCUGCUGCUCACCGCCUCGGCCCAGCGCCUGUCGCUGCUGCUGACCCACGCGCCCCUGUCCUGGCUGAGCUGGCGCUGGGGCUGGGACCCGCGACGGGCCGCGCGCUGGCACCUGGUGGCCCUGCUGGGCAUCAUCGUGACCGUCUGCUUUCUGGUGCCGGCCGCGGUCUUCGCCCACCUGGAGGAGGCCUGGAGCUUCCUGGACGCCUUCUACUUCUGCUUCAUCUCUCUGUCCACCAUCGGCCUGGGAGACUAUGUCCCCGGCGAGGCCCCCGGCCAGCCCCACCGGGCCCUCUACAAGGUGCUGGUCACAGCCUACCUCUUCCUGGGCCUGGUGGCCAUGGUGCUGGUGCUGCAGACCUUCCGCCACGUGUCCGACCUCCACGGCCUCACGGAGCUCAUCCUGCUGCCCAGCCCGUGCCCCGCCAGCCUCGGCGACGACAGGGACGAUCGGGUGGACAUCCUGGGCGCCCCGCCCGAGCUGCACCAGCACCUCUCCGCUGGCACCCGCCCCGACUACGCCUCCAUCCCCAGGUAGCGGGCAGGCGGUGGCUGCCGGGCCCAGGGCAGGACCCGACGUCCACGCAGGUGGAGAGGAGGCAGGGGCUGCUCGGCCCUCGGGCCCUGGGGCUCCAGUGGCACCUCGUCCCCCUCCCCCCAGCCCCUCUCCCCACCUAUCGUCCCCUCUCCCCCUUGCCCCCCCCCUUUCUGGUUUCCUGACGUCCGUCCUCCCUUCCUGCUGUCCCUUCAUGCCGCUCACCCACCCGCUCGUCCAGCGAGGCUGUCCCACACCCUGUCCGGACCUGUUUAGAGCAGGUCAGGUGCUCAGUGGCAGCCCUCUCUGAGCCUCGGUUUCCUCGGCUGCCAGAGGGCCCUCCGUUCACCCUCAGACCCGGCCUCUGUGCUGGCCCAGAGCUACACAGUUCUGGGGACACAGGAGUAAUGGAGGUGGCCCUGGUCUCUGCCUUUAUAAGGCUCAGAGAUGUGUCCCCACCUGGUGGAAGUCCCAGAUGGCACAGGCAGAGUGAGUGGUCAGGCCACCAGCCCAGCUGCAGCUGGAAGGUCAGGAGAGGAAGCGACAGAAAUGAGAACGGAAACGUGAGGAAUGGUCAGAGGAAGAAGGUGUCCUUGAUUCAUGUUCCCAGGUACCUCCAGGGACCAGAGCCUGCGUGGCCAUCCUGCGGCAGGCGGGUGGCAGGACCUCCCUCAGCAUCUCAGCCCAGGUCCCCCUUCACUGAGCUCCUGGGCUCCCUCUAGCCCCGCCGUGUCCUGCCUGGGUCCUUGGGCAGUUUCUCUACCUCUCAGACUGUUCCUAUAAAAUGGCAACCAGGAUAGCGCCACUUGCAGGGGUGAUGUGGCCGGGGCUGCCCUGUUACUCUGUGACACUCUCUGGCGGGCUCUCUUCUGGAUACUUCACAGGAAGGGAGAUGAUGUGGGUUAUCUCCUUUCCACAAAUGAGGAAACUGAGGCAAGGGAAGGCGGUCCCUUGACCCAGCCACAGGCGAGGAAGUGGUUAGUUGUAGGCGUAAGCCCCUCGGGUCUGCCGCUCCUGAGACGGGCUGUCGCAGAGCCUCCUGCCAAGGGCCCUGGACUGAGCUCCUAGCUCUACCACACCCUGUGCCUCAGUCACAGAAGGGACCACGGGGCACUGGAGCCAGGCAGGGCAGGACAGGCAGAAGCAAGAGCCUGCCCAGGCCUGGCGCUGGGGCAUGGGGACAGCAGCUUCUGGCUCUUGUGCCUGGAGUAAGGCAGGGAAGGGGGAGGAGCUGGGCUGAGUCCUGGAGUGACUCCCAGGGCGGCCUCAUCCCGAGGGCACUGGAGAGGUAUGGAGGGGUUUGGGGAAGGGGAGUCG